GCAAAAAUUACAGAGCUUGCAGCAGAGAUAGCAAAAAUGCAAAAAGAGGUUGACCAGUUCAACCAAGAGAAUGCAACAUUUCUAACUUAUGAAAAACGAGCUGAAGGUUUAGCCACAGAAAUCAAAGAACUCCAAGGACAAUUAGCUGAUUAUAACACGCUGUUGGACAAAAUUAACACAGACACAGAAAUGGAUGACAUUGUUCAAGACUUCAAUGCACUGAAAAUUCAGAAUGAGCGGGAACAGAAUUCCAUUGAUGAAUUAUUCACUCAGAGAAGAGAUAAAGAGCAGCAGAUAAAACAACUGGAGCUUGAACUUGACCAGGAACGGAGAAUGGCUGAGAGCUUGGUGGAAGACAUGGUAAAACUAAGAAUUCAGUUCAAAUUUUGCAGGAAAACUUAAAUUAUUCAUUGAACUGGCUGUUACUUUAUGAAAUGAUUGAUAUUGAUAUUUUAAAAAAUUUAAUACACAUGUACUUAAAGGAAACAAGGGUACUGUAGUGGAACUGCUGGGAACCUGAAAGCCAGGCCCUCUUUGUAUUGGCAAUAACAUGAUUUUGAG